UCCUCUGCCUUCCCCGCUCCACUCCCCAGUUCGCCUCUCCUUCCGCUUCCUCGCCUCCACUAGGCCCUAUCCCUCCACCGCAGCUCGCGACCUCGACGGAUUUCCACCAUACUCUUCGCCGUCGUCGCGCUCCGCCGUCGUACUGGGCUGCCACGAAGUUGGAGAUCCAUCAGGACUCCAUUGAAGCAUCUCAUCCCAGCUUAUCUUCCCCGAGCGGUUCAGCUGGGCAUCGAGUAACCAUGAUCCAAAUCAAGUCCGAACCUGGAGUGAGGGAAGAGGAAACCCAGGAGCAUGAACAUGAACAGAAAGUAAACAAAUACCAAGCUAUACUGGCAGCCCGUUUGAAGGCUAAAUACUUCUCUAAUAAGGCUUUUGAUGGAGGAAAAAUCUUUGAAGCAGAAACUAUUGUUGAUGGCCAAACUAUCCAAUCAAGCAGGUGGCCAUGUACAAGUUCGUUCACGAACCCAAUAAUUUUUUUCCGAGAUAAGAACAGCCAUGAGAGGAAGGAUUCUCCAUCUUCGGUACCAGACUCCUCUGCCAAGAACGACUCUCCACCUAUAGUAGCUGAGGCCUCUCCAAAGAAUAAUGCAAAUGCUUUGGCAGCAGAAAACAAUCUAACACCUAGCAAGAGACAGCCAUCCAAGGAGACCUGAUGGGAUAAAAUUAGGCUAGUGAGGUUGUUGUAUGUUCCUCUGAAAUAUGAAGACAUGUGAGUUAUCAUGAAACAAAAAUCGGUCCAGCAGAUGUUUGUAAACUUUGCUAGUUUUAUUUCACUUAACCUGUUUCAGCCUCAUCUGUUGCUAAGAAUCGUUGUAUUCUUGAUAUUUAAUUAGAUGAAUCAGAGCAGAACAUUAACUGGUUGCUA